UUUUAGAAGGCUGUCGAUGUACGGGCAAGAGCGUAAAGGAAAACAGAAGUCGAGCAACACUAAGGAACUUUUUCAGAUAAGGAAGCUGCGAGGAGCACCAUGGACAUGUCGGGCACGGUCGAGUAGGAUGCGGGCCCCGGCAGGAUGUCUCGUGUAGGGGGAGGGGCCAGGACCAAGCCCAGGAGCUCUCAGGAAGUGUGUGGAGACUGUGGGGCGCAAGAUCCAGGCUGGGCAUCCAUAAACAGAGGGAUACUAAUCUGUGAUGAGUGCUGCAGUGUACAUAGAUCCCUUGGACGACACAUCUCCCAAGUCAAGUCGCUCAAGAAAGGAACAUGGAACCCUACACAACAUGCAAUGGUGCACACUUUAUACAGUAGUGGUGCCAACAACAUAUGGGAACAUACGCUGCUCGACCCCAGUGUUGCCAAGACAGGACGACGGAAGCCACACUACAAGGAUCCUGUUCACCCAACCAAAGCUGAUUUCAUCAGGGCUAAACAUCAGAUGCUAUCGUUCGUAUAUCGACCCUCACGAGAUGAUCAGAGUGGGAGUGAUGGGGAUGUGAGUCGACAACUGCAUUCCAGUGUCCGAACUGCCAACCUAGAAACUUCUUUGCGAUUACUAUCUCAAGGGGCUGAUCCAAAUUAUUAUCACAAGGAAAAAUGUUGCUGUCCAUUGCAUGUUGCUGCGCGGGCUGGGCAAGCAUCACAAGUAGAGUUGUUAAUAAUAUAUGGAGCUGACCCGGGAGCACUGGACAUUCAAGGCAACACACCUGCACACUAUGCUAGUGAAUCUACUCAUCUGGAUUUGGCCGAGCACUUAAUUGAGUGUCAGUAUGAGUUGACAGAUCGUUUGGCUUUCUAUCUAUGUGGUCGAAAACCAGACCAUAAUACUGGCCAACACUGGAUCAUCCCAGAGAUGGCCGACUCGUUAGACAUGUCGGAUUUGGCCAAAGAAGCAAGAGUCAAACUGCAGUCUUUACCAAAUCAUUUAUUUGAAGAGUUGGCAUGUGAUGUUUAUGAUGAGGUUGAUCGACGUGAGACAGAUGCGAUAUGGUUGUCGCUACAAAACCAGAGCGCCCUAGUAAGUGAUCGCUGUACAGUACCUUUUCUUCCAGUCAACCCUGACUACUCCUCAACAAGAAAUCAAGGCCGACAAAAGCUGGCUAGGUUUAAUGCAAGAGAGUUUGCUACUUUAAUCAUUGAUGUUCUCUCUGAUAUUAAGAGACGACAGUCGGGGAUCUCUUCUCCGUGUGCAACUCCUAAAGAUAAAGCAGUAACCACAGCUGUCCAGAGGGCUGACAGGGCAUGGGACCCCUUCCUCGCCUGUCCCUCUCCUCCACACAUGUUCACCACUCCUGAGGACCAUUCCCUAUCACCUGCUUUGUCCGUUUCCUCUGAUACUCUAAUGUCGGACUUCGGUGACGUGACGUUGACACUGCCUAACUCUCCCAAAGUAAACCUCCACAACAACAACAACAACAUGUGCAUGAAUGCACGAUUAAUAACUCCCCCAACAUCAGUGACUGCACCUGUUAACUCCUCCCCUGUCUUUGUUAGCAAGGACCCUCAACAUUCAAGACCAUUACUAAAUUCUGUGGCUUCCAUUUCAUCUACCGCAAGUCUCCUCACUACUUCGGCAACAGAUUCCUCGGGUGCAUCCUCUAACACGGGGCUAUCCACUACCGCUGUCACAGACACCUCUUCGAGCACCUCUAGUAUAGGUCUCGUCACCACAACUGUUACAGAGACUCAGUCAGGCCCAUCCUCACUCUCCUUCAACAAUCCCAUAACUACCAACAACAACAACAAGGGUGAAAUGACAGACGACGGGGAACCCCUCUACGACUCUGUGGCAUCUGAAGAUGACUACUCGUGUUUGGAACAAAUACAGAAGCUGGUACAACAAAAACAGAUUUUGGAAGAGCAAAGACGGCAACAUCAACUAGAUGAGCUUUAUAGUGAGCCUAACUGUGAGUUGUUAGGAGGGAUGGACUCUGCAGUGAGCCUAGAGGCCUAUCUGGAAAUGAAAGAGAAACUGGAGUCUAGUGAAGCUCGUAUCCAGGAGUUACAGAACAACAAUGCUCACAUGCGCUCACAGUUAGACGAGCUUAGUUGCACCGUGCGUAAACUGAUUCGUGAGCGAUCGUAUCUCCAGUCAGCGUCACCUCAGCACAAAGUGAAAAGCUUACGGGAAGAGAACAUGAGCCUGCGAUCAAUGUAUGGGAGCGGAGUGGUAGGUGGGAACUUGGGUCCAUCGUCUCAUAUGCCUGCGCAGCCAUCACCACUCUUUUACCCAUCUACCAUGUCACAGAGCUUGCACAAUGGAGAUGUGGAUCCCCAGGUAAAUAUGCGCUCUAGUCGAGGUCCACCACAAAGGCCCUUCAGCAUGUUUGAGCCUCGACAGGGGCCUCCUAAUGUCUCGACCCAGUGUCACAGCUUGGAUCACACAAGAACGGCUUCUUAUCAGCUUGGCUCUGUGCGAAUGUCUGGUGAAUAUGAUAACACAAGAACAAGAAGCCCAAGCUUGGAGCCAUCGGAAACUACUCCCCUCAAUCCUUCCUAUGCUCUUCCAUCUCAGGAAGAGGUUGUUAGAAAAACUGAGGUGAUAACAAAACGAAUACAAGAACUCCUCAUCUCUGCACAAGAGGGACGUCAGGAAUCUUUCAUGCCGUGUGCCGAUCAGAUCCAUUCCGCAGUACUAGACAUGGAUGCCAUCUUCCCGAAGGCUCGGUGCUCUUCUGGGGUGCAGGGAGCACUGCGGCAAUUGGUGAGCAGUGCUGGCAGACUGCAGAGUGAGUGCCGUGGACAUCUGGCUUCACACGCCCACACCCUCGACCCAAAGUUUGUUACCCAGCAGGUUAUACAGUGUGCUUAUGAUAUAGCCAAAGGGGCAAAGGUGUUGGUGACACACUUUCAGUGAAAGUACUGAUUAUAUUAAUAUAUAUUUUAUUUAGAUUCUUCUGUCUUGAAAGAUAGGAAAUAGUAUACUUCCAGUUGAAUAAUAAUAAAUAAUAAUAAUAAUAAUAAUAAUAAUAAUAAUAAUGUGAAAUGUUUGCAAUGGCACGGGUCAUGUUCCUCCUCCUGUUGCACUGCAGUCCCAAUUCUUCUUCUUCAUGCCACACACACAAGACUAUUCCCAGUGGACAAUUGUGGUUGCUUUAACGUCAGUCUGACGUCGUCCACCGAUAACGCUUGGUGUUAAAGCAAGCAAAAUGACCCAGUGGGUUGUAGUAGAACUAGAACACCUAAGUCUUAAUGGCAUUGUCUGAAGAGUCUGUUGGCUGUGAGUGAGCAAGUGAAAAUACUAAGGAAAGUAUUUCAUCAUAUUUUAUAAUUGUUGUUUAUUAUUGUCUUCGCUGUCCUUGGCAUCUUCUUAGUGAAAUAGGUAGCGUGCUUUUUAUGCAAAAUGAUGUAAUGUAUAUCAGUGUAAAUGUAGGCGUCAUGGGAAAAAAAAAAAGAGCCGACGUGUUUCUAUGGCUGAUUUCAAAACCAACAACUUACAAUCAAAAUGCUUAUUUGAUUUACAAGAAGAAGAAUGGAGCUUUAUUGUGAAUAUGAUGAGAUAGAUGGAGACCUAUGUUCAUAUACAUUUUAGAAUUAUCAAAGAACGUUAAAACAUUAAAGAAUUUUGCAAGCAUUUCACUCAAACGUAUUGAGAUAUAUGUUAUGUUUCACUAAUUAACCUGGCAAAAGGAGAGAAAAAUUUGCAAGAAUUCAACUGUAAGGAAUCUCCCUGCUUAUACUUGAAUGUGGCAGCAGGAGAAUCUGCCAUAGUAAUGAUUUGUAAUGUCCCUUAUAGGGACUUUGAAUAAUUACUCUUAGAACAAAUUGCUUAUACAUAUUGCAAUAUCAAUGCAUUUUCUACAUAGUUUUUUAAAUGCAUUUCCAAAAGCAAAAUAGUAUAUAUGACAAAGAAAAAUUUGGUGCUUAAGUAACGAGCGGUAACUGUGUAUAAUCGGCCCCGUUCUCUCAGUCUGACUCCCAAGUAAAAAAAUAAACUGUUCUGCCUGACCAGAAAUGUACGAAUCCAAGCAGCGCUAUCGAGGCCGGUGCAUAGAAAAGAUCAAUAUUACGGUGCUAUAAUUUUUACUAAUACGUUACAUUUUUAAUGGAGUGGUAAAUUCCGUAAUAGGUGAGAGGACGGGUUAUAAUAAUAGCGUAUUUGGCUACAAGAGACUGGUUGCGUGUAGACUGUGACUUAUGGUGGUGCCUUUAUGACCAAAUUUCAGUUAAUCGUUUGAGAGUGGUGAUGUGCAGUUUCACUGAAAAUAUUAUUUAUGGUAGUAAAAUUAGUUGUAUUGAUUUACUUGAUAAUGCAAUUAUACUCGGGAAAUUGCUUGCUUGUUGAGGGGAUAAUUACAGUGUGAUGGCAGUCUAUUGUUAACCUGCCUGUAUUUCCAAUAUAUCAGUGAAUGAUUUGAAUGCAAAAUUUGUUAAAAAGAAAGUUUGCUUAAUUUUUAGUGUAGUAAAAUGUUUUAAAUCAUAAUUGUUUAAGAAAUACAUAUCAUGAUACAGUACUGUAUAGGAAUUGGGAAAAAUAAAAAACAUGCUUGAAUGUCAAUUAUGUUUUUAAAUGUAUGGUAUAUACUGUAUUCUGUGCAUUGAGAAUUUUGUCCGAGAAAGUCUAUGACUCACAGCAGUAAUUCCAGAAUCCUCUAAAUAAUGAAUGUGCUAAAUAACCCGAGGCUUGUGUAUGUGGGGCAUAUUGGCCCUGAGGCGCAGCACUAUUUGGUUACUGUAUAUCAUAGGGUAAUGUGACGACAUUUAUGCAAGCAGUAGUGUACGUCUUUGGCUAACAAUCCGGGAUUCUAGGUUUGAUUCCCGGGUGGAUCAGAGUCGGCUGUGUUUCCUUUCACCUGAUGCCUUUGUUCGCCUAGCCGUAAAAUAGGCACCCAGGAGUUAGACAACUGUUGUGGGUUGCAUCCUGGGAAAAAGGACAUUAGAAGGGACCUCUGUUAGUCUUAACAGACUUCCUGUCCCAGAUUGUGGAAAGUCAUACUUUCCAGUGUGGAAAGUGUGGAAGCCAAAUAAGUGGAGUGCCUCAUGAUAUUAUUGUUCUAAAUAGCUCAACUUUUGUUGGGUCUAUAUUCAUCAUACCCACAAUCAUGAUGUUAGGUUUGGGGUUCAUUAUUCAGGCUAUUUUCAAAUUCCGAGCGAGCAUUCCUUAUUGUUUACUGUGGUCUGCUUUCCGGUGAUGCACAGAACAUUGCUACUGUUAGAGAUGGUAUGCAAUUACUGAUUUCAGCUUCAGUUAUGAAAUGUUUUCAUAGCAAAAAGGAUUCACUGUUUGAAAGAAUAUUGAUGUUUUCAGUAAUUAAUUUAUUGUAUACGUUGGUCCCCACAUUCAUUAAAGGCUAGAGUAUGCAUAAUUAUCGUUAAGCCACAGCCAUAAUUAAAGUUGUUUAUUUUAAGGGUUAGAAAUAUUGAAGAUUGUGAAAGAUAGCUCAUGGCAGCUAGGUUGAGGAGGCGUGGUCGACGACCGGGCCGCGGGGACGCUAAGCCCCGGAAGCACCUCAAGGUAACCUCAAGGUAGGUUAAACUGCUGGAAUUAAUGGCAGGUAAGCUAAAGGUAAGGAAAUUAUGAGGAGACGGUGCAAAGCCAGUAUGACUAUACAGUAUAGCACUUGGAAGGAAAAUGAGGAGAAGGAUCUGGGAUAGGACGGAGGGAAGGAAUGGGGAACCCAUAUUAUGCAGCGUGAUAUCCCUAGAGCACUGGGCCCAAUAAUAAAGUUCAGAAAGUAUGAGAAAAUAUUGAAGCUGUAUGAUGGGAUCCAAUUCAACAUACAUGUGAUAUCAUUGUACUUCAGAAAUGAUCGUAUUGAGGUUCAGCUAUUUGGUGCCACUUCUCGACCUUCAGUCGACUGGAGCACGUGAUCAUAAGCCCACUGGGCUCUAAUGUAUUUACAAUGAAAGAUGCGUAUGGAGUCGGUCAUGAUUGGCAGCCCUAAAGAAACGUGAGAGUUUCCUAGAACUAACAUGUAAAGAUCAAUCCUGAUCAUGGAUUAUCAGUCUAGUAACUAGUUGAUGUAAAUUACAUAAAGUAAUUGGUCUUGAAAUAUUACCAUUUAUGAAAAUUGGUGUAUAAUUUUAUGAUAUUGCAUUACUAUUUCAUAAUUCUAGAAAUUCACUGGUGCUUAUGAUUGUUCUUAAUGUAUGCACAGACAUUUUUAUCUUUAUAAUUAGACAUUAGACUUGAUAUGAAUGAGGGAAAUAUUACUGGUAGCAUUUUUCAUAUGGUGUACCCUAAAUGACCAAGUCUUUAUAAAAGCAAUAGUGAUAUUGUUGAUCAUGUAGAUGAUGUAAAUUGCCAUUUUUGUACUAAUUGUGAAGUUUAAACAUUUGAAUCAUGUACAGUAGAUGUUGAUCAUUUCUUAUGAUUUCACUGGUGAGUAAUAACAAUUUUAUAGUAUUGAAUCGAGUAUUUAUGAAAUAUGAACUUAAAUUUGAGGAAAUUUUUGUUAUAUGGGAUCAAAUAAUUAUCCAAAUUUGUAAUUAUUUUGAGUUAGUGAUAUUGUGAAUGCUGACUGAGUUAUCAGGGAAUUAGAGGUUUCAUGAAAUUUAUUAUCAUAAUGUUAUUGUUUUCACUACUAAUCAUGCCUUCAUUUGAUAAGUUUAAGUAUGCAAAUGUAUUUAUGGAAUGUAUAAUAGUUUCAUGGGUUGUGGAGGGCACUCGUUGGGAAAGGUUGAAAAGGUGAUAAAGAAAAAAGUUUUAACAAAGAUAGUUUGGUAUAUAACUGAGCAUAUAAUAAUUGUAAUAUAACUGAGGUAUAUAAUUAUAUGGUAUAUAACAAUGAUAGUAUGAUAGUAUUAUAAUUGUAUGGUAUAUAAGGUAUAUAUAUAUGGUAUAAAUUAAUGAAAUGCAUGAAAAUCUUAAUAAAGAAGUCAUUGGCAAAGUUAAAGCCUUUCAUAGCACCAUGAAACACUAGAAUAGACAAAUAAUUGAAGCUGCGGGAGUAUUGGCCCUCAUGCAAGGCAUCUUCUGCUUAUAUUGGUCUGUUCCUACUCGUGUAUUUGUUAAUCAACUCUUGAAAUUGCACAGCUAGUUUGUUUGAUAUUGGAAUCUUGCUUCACAGACUUGCAGUACUAAUUUUAAUUAGUUUUUAUAAUUUCAAAAUAAUUUGUUUUCCAUUUUAAAUCCAUUGUCAUAUUUUAUCUUGGUUGAUCUUUUUUAACUAUUUGUUGAUGUAUAAGUGUGGGUGCAUUGAAUACAUGGUAAUUUUUAAAUAAAUGUCCCACCCUACUCUCAUCUGUCUAGAGACUGUACCUAGUAUUUUCUUAGUGUCUGUCCAUAAAGGUCCAACGACUUGGGUUGGAUGGUAGAGCGACGGUCUCUCUUCAUGCAGGUCGGCGUACAAUCCCCGACCGUCCAAGUGGUUGGGCAUCAUUCCUUCCCUCCGUCCCAUCCGAAAUCUUUAUCCUGACCCCUUUUCAGUUUUAUGUAUUCGUAAUGGGUUGGCACUUUCCCCCUGAUAAUUCCCUCUCUCCAUAAAGGAGGCUCCUAAUGCUCCAAAUAAAUUAUCAUCCUUUUCUAUACAUUUUGACUAAAAUUGACAUUUAUUGUAUGGUGUCAAAAGGUCUCUGCAUAGCUCAAGAGGAGCCUCUUUAGAGUAAGACAGAAUUAAAGGGUAGUCUUAGAGUUGUUGUUACUAAUACUGCAGUUCUAGAAGCAAGUCCCAGUACCUUCUUGGCUUUACAGUAUUUCACAAAUUUAAUUGUCAAAUUCUUGUUUUUAAUUGCUUACUAAUUGUGCCUCUCGGAUCCUUUUCGCAAUUGUAUUUCAUAGUUUCAAAUAUUGUUUAGUUAGUAUAUUCUACUUUGUCUCUUCAUAGGUUCAUAACCGUACACUUGUUAGCACUGAACUGCAUAUUUGUAUUUUCAUUUUUUGAAUGUCGAUUAAGGCCUUCCGGUGAGGUGUGGUAAAUAGCCUUCCUGAGUUAGCCCUUUAAUUUCUGAUGGUUCCUGUCACGUUUCCGAGUUACCUGAAUUUGUUAUUGGUAAGCUUAUCAAUGUUGUCAUUCGCUCUCGUAUCUAAUUAAUUUUUCCAUAUGAUAAACUGUGCAAAGUUUCAGUGCAAAGCCAUUGGACACUUUGCAUUUUUCUGCAUGUUACAGAACAGUAAUAACAAGAGUAGUCAAUAUAUAUCCUCAUUACCUAGCCCCUUCACUAAACAUUGAAUACAGGUACACACACAAUUGUUGCAACAUGUUAGUAUGCUAGACCUAUCACGCAGCUUAUGUGAGACGUGUGUGACAUCUGUUAUCCACUUUAACACUACAGGUACUGAAAAUUGUUAUGUACAUUUAAAUCACAUUUACAUGAUAUAUCUAUGAGAAAAUAUUGAGGGGAUCGACCCCGCAUCGUGAGAAGAUCAUGGAUGUGGGCUCAGUCCCAUUGUAUGGCUUCAGUAUUUGUCCUGUACAUUAUUAUCCUUUCAUGGUGAUUUUAAACUUUGUUUUCUGUUAAAGUUGGUGCAUUGCACCAUGUGUGUUAAAUUCCUCCCGGCUAAUAGCUCCUGCAUGAGAAGAAUCGGCUUAAUCCAACUUUAUUUUUGAAUUGGUUGACAUACUGUACUUGCGAAAGCAUUGCAGAGUAUUCUUAAUAUUGUGAGUAACAAUAUGUCUUACAAGUAUUUGUAUCCUUUUAUGGAUUAUGGAAAUCAUAUAUAUAUAUAUAUAUAUAUAUAUAUAUAUAUAUAUAUAUAUUGAAGUAGGUACCUCUCCAACACACAAUAUCAGGCUCAGCAAAGGCCAAUAAUGAAUGUUUAGUAUUGGGGAUCAUAUUAUAUUAUUUGGACAUUACACAAGUAAGUAUAAGUCUUACAAGUUUAUUAAAACAAAAUAUUAAUGCAGUCUGAAUAGAUGUGUAUGUAUGUUUAUAUUUUUACAGCACAAACACUAUUGUAUUACUAAACAUUGUGUCUUCUGUCACAGCUAACAUGAGAAAGUGCAGGUGGUCUGUUUUUGCAUGCGAGGCAGCUCCUGUUGAUUGCAAUUGACAUUGGCUCUUGUGUAUCUAGCGAUCCUAUAUGUAUUACAUCAUCCAUCAACCUGUUCCGUAAGUUGACAACACCUUCUCGACACCAGUAUUAAACCCAGUUCAUAUAUGAAUUUAAACUUACCAGUUUGUACCCAUUAUUGAUAUAUAUUCAUAUAAAUAUAUAUAUAUUACCCUAUUGUUAGCGUAUUUCAUCCAUUUGUUUAGUAAAAGGUACUUAAAUCAUGUUCUGUUGCCCUUUGCCUUUCUACAGAACAUAAAUAUAGUUUUUUUAAUAUCUCUUCAUAAGGAUGGUUCAUAAUUCCUGGGGUGAAGUUUGUCAAACCUUUCGUGCUUGUGUUCAAGGUAAUUUGCUUAUUCUGUAGUAGUGUCCAAAAGGGAGUUAAAUAAUCUAAAUUGGGCCAAAUAAGAGAAUGAUUAUGUUGAAGAAUAACAUUUCCAGUACACGUCUUGCGCUAACAUUCCUAGAUAUGAAUCAUAAUAUCCUAUUUGCUUUAUUUUGAACAUUUAUACAUUAAUAUUGUUUUUUGACUUGAGAUCCGUAACAUUCAUGACGACCAGAUUUGUUUACAUUAAGAUUUUAGAAUUUCACCGUUAUUCAACUGAUAUCUGGUAACUAUUAUAAUUGAUUUUUGGCUCAGAAGUUUACAUAUAUCAGCAUUAAACUGUAUCUGCCAAUUCAUCUAGUUUUGUCUGAAAUCAUUCUGUUCAAAUGUUGAGUCUUCAUCUGGAUUUAUUUUCUGCCCCUACUAUCGUCUGGUAAUUUACUAGUAUGGUAAAUGGACCAUUAAUUCACUCGUGUCUAAGUCAUUUACAUGUAUACAGCAUAUGGUAAAUGACAGAGAUUCCAGGAAAGUUGCAAGGCAUUCAUUGUGUUACAGAAUGUAACUUAGACUACCCUAUCCAUGGUGUAGUUCUGUUUUCUUUGCAGUAACAUUCACUACAUAAUUGAUGAGUCACAAUAAUAUGGCUGAAGAGAUGAUAAUGAAACCACACAUCAAAAAAAUGGAGAAACGGCGACAUUUUGGUCCGUCGUGGACCAUUAAUGAUCCAGGACGGAUCCAAUCAUGGUCAUUUCUCCAUUUUGUGACGUGUGGUUUGGUCAUCAAAACAUUCACUACAUAUAUAUAUGUUGUUAUCACCCCUUUUGCUACUAGCAUAGGGAAAUGCAUCAGCCUUGAUAAACUAUAUUGUUUCCCCGUUUGUAAUGUUUUAGGUAUUAAAUAUUAAAAUUAUCACUGCCAUUAUGUGGUUCUAUCAUCCACACAACACCAGUCGUCCUAUUACUUUGUGACCUGGUGUACAAGGCUUUCUGUAAAUUGCUACAUAUAAUAAUAUAUAAUACUGGAAUUGGUUUGGCAGUGUUUGGGUUAGGAAGCCUACUAGACUUACCCAGGCCCCCACCCUAGCCAACAUUUUUCAUGCCCCAGGAUACAACCCAUAACAGUUGAAUAACUGGCAGGUACCAAUGUAUUGCUAGAUGAAUAGAGGGCUUUCCUUAUAUCUUGAGGUUAUCUUGAGAUGAUUUGGGGGCUUAGCGCCCGAGUGCUGAAUACACGAAUGUUUAUAAAUAUUUCAACAUUACAAAAAUGAAAGUAUGAAAAUAAUUGGUCUACAUAGCUGCAAAAAGUAAAUAAAUAUAACGUUCAUAUUUAUCUGUUAGAUAAUUUGACACAUAAAAGUAAUCACGAACAUAGCAAUUAUUAUUUAGAGUGAUUGGGUGGGUGGUUCACCAAGUUGAUCUCUGGUUAGUCUCCUGAUAAGCUGUACUCACACUGUGUUCAUGUAUUUCAAAAUUAUCAUCAUCACUGUGCAAAAAGAAUGGUUAAGGAAGUGAUAAUUGUAAAAUCCAAGAUGAGAUGCUGUGUUUUAGCAUUGUCGGAACAUUUGCACUGAAGUGUUAACUAUACUCUUCUAUAUUUUGACAGAAAAUAUGCGAAGCAUUUGUGUAUGCCUUAAUCCCCUAACACUGUUAAAUGUGAUAUCACAUAAGUGCUUAUGCAUUUACACCAGAUAUCAAAUUGGCUUUGUCCUAAUUAUUUCAAAUUUUACAUGUUUGACAAUUUACACACAGACAUGUGCAUGAAUGCACCCUAUAGUAACAUACAUUGAAGUUGGGUUAAAAGCUGAAGCACGGUGCUCUACAUUUUUGACACUCAAAUGAGGGAGGGCCUAGGUUCAUUCCCUGUGCGGAAUAGAAAUAGUUGGACAUGUUCUCUUUCACUUUAUAACUUUUCACCAAACAGUAAAAUAGGGACUGGGGAGUUAGGCAACUGUUGUUGGGUUACACCCUGAGGGAAAGGUUAAUAAUUGGCGUAGGACGACCUCGAUGAGCCUAACUACAGAUUUCACAUCCUAGACGAUGGGAAUUUAACACGCAGAAGUACGUAAUACUAUUGAGCUGUUGAGUAACUGGAAGAGUUGAUAUUGUAGUGAUGACAAGAGAGCAAUCAUAUUUUUAUCAUAGCUUUUCCUUUAGCAAUAGACAAUUGCGGUUCUACUUGUAAAUUUCAUUCCUGUGACAGUCAGUAUCCAUUUUAUCCAAAAAUUUGGAGUUCUUGUUGUGCCUUUCCGGUGGAGCAUUUUCAAAGCUAUCUUUAGUGUGUUAAAUGCUUUACAGAAUUCUGCAGAGAAGUGCUUGUAGCACUUGGUUUAAAUAAUCUUGUGUGUUGUUCAGUUUGCAAAGUCUGAACAUUGAAAGUUAGGAUGAAUAAUUACAGCUGUAAAGUUCAUAAUUGGAUGCUGCAGUUAUAAUCAGGUCUUCCAGAUAGUGUUCACUUAGGGUAUGUGACAAGUGAUAUUAUUGGUUCAUUAUAUGUUGUGGAUGGGUGAUCAUGAUUGUUAUAGACAAAUAGUGAAACAUUCAUGAUUGUAAAUAACUGCAGCAUUCUGGAACUUGCUUGGACCAUUGAUAUGUACAAUCCCUAAUUUCUCAUCCAAGCUAUUUUUAAGUUAUCUCAUAAAUUGUUCACGUUGUUUUGUUCAAUGCUUCACUAUAGACAAGGAAAUGAUGUCGGCUUCCUGAAAUACCAGUCAUUUACAUUGGAACAAAACUUGUGUUCUGUGAAGUUGUGCUUUUAGUUUUCUUAAUGACUAACCAAGAAUAAUUUUGGACCGAAGUCUUCCAUAUAGAGAACUUUGUUACUGCAGUUAUUAAGAAUCUACAUCAUAAGGUUUGGUUAAUGUAAUCAAGUUCUCUUAAGUUGACCUUUUUUUUAAUCAAUAUUAAAAAUGUUUGUACAAGUAUUUGACACUUUCAUUUAAGUGUUAAGGUAUAAUUUUGUUUGUGUAAUAUAAUAAGUGUAAUAUAUUCCUUUUUUUUAUUAUGAGUUAGAUGAAUUAUCUGGAUUUUAGGCUUUUUGUUUGUCAUACAUGCUAAGGUUAUUAUUUUUGUGUUUUAAAAAUAGUUGCAUAUAUUUUCAACUUGCAGAUGUAAUUUGUAUUAAUGAACAAUAGGCAAUGGAAAUAGUUGCAGAAAAUAUUGUAGUGUUUACAAGUAAUUUUGACUUAUGCAUUUGUUUUAUGUUGAAAUGUGCACAGGAACAGCAUAAAGUCUAUUUAGAGUUUAUUUUUUUAUUUUACUUGUAAAUGGUUUACACAAGUUGACUUAAAGAGCAAGUAAUUGUAUUCCUACUGGAAAUUUUGAUUUACAGUUAGCUGAGUAAAGCGUUACAGUUGAUGCUCUAAUUUGUGUGAUUGUUGGUUGGUAUUUGUUAAUGAAUAAUAAAAUGAUUCAAUGCUGAAUUUGUUUUUGGUAAUGUAACAGUAUUUUUCUUGUUAUUAAUUUAAAAAUCAUUGAACAUUGUCAGUUUAGUAGAUCGUGAUGUUAUUGUAGUUGUGAGAAAGAUCAUUGCAGAGUUAAGGCAACUUGCUGGAAAAGCAUUACUGUUUUGUAUCAAGAGAAGUAAAUAAGUCUCGUUGCAUCAUUAGGUCUCAUACUAAUGCUAAACAGGUUGUAAGUGUCUCCUAUUUAGACCUGAAUUUACCUGAGGGCCACCCUAUUUCUACUGGCGUCGAUGGAGAUAGGAAGCUGGUGGCUUGCCAGAGGUACUUGAAGAGACCUUGAGGGGUUGUAAGCCUAUCAGGCCAGGGAGGGAACAUAAUCCUAGCUGCUAGAUUAGGCUUGGAAUGUUAUUUGUUUUAGGAAAGUACUAAUUUUGUCUGCAGAUGAAUUGUGUUAAUAGCCAAUGUAUUUCCAGUAAGAUACAAUACUUAACCUCUUGCCAAUAGGUAAUUUUAUCUAUUUUUGUGAAUUAACUCUUUACCUGUACAUAGCCCUUCUCCCUUUAUCGUUAAUUAACAUGAGAGUUUUGAAUG